AUGGAAAUAUCUGUCAAACGAAGAUUGUUUUGUUCUUUCACUUUGACCCUGAGGCCAAGGCUUCAUAUACGAUCGUGUGCCCAAGCGUUUUCCAUAUUUGAGCCUUCUAUUACAAAAUUUUCAUCCCCUCUGCGUCAAGCUGCUUCCCGUGAUCUCCCACCCAUUUUCCUCUUUGAAUCGAUGGUAAUAAUGAACGGAGAUGAAGCAAAGAUCGAUGAAGAUCGAUGGAUUAUUCAAAUCAAGGAAAGUCUGCAAGUCCAUGGCGAGCAAGAAGAAGAAAAUGAGAUUUCUAUAUCUAUAUUUUGUGUGCCCAAGGAGUUGCUUGCAGCGAAACCAGAAGCAUAUAUUCCGCAGUGCGUCUCCAUCGGACCAUAUCACUAUUGGAGAUAUGAACUGCACGGAACAGAGAGAUAUAAAGUUGCUGCUGCGAGAAGAUUUCAGAAGACAAUCAGUGACUGUAAGUUCGAAUCUGUAGUGGAAGAGGUGAAGAAGAGUAGUUGGCAGAUCAGGAACUGCUACCAUAAAUAUGUGGACUACAAGGAUGAUACCUUGGCAUUGCUUAUGGCCUUGGACACCUCCUUCGUGCUCGAGUGCUUGCAUUUCUACACAGAACAGCCGGACCAGGCUUCUUCACAAGUAUUUUCCAGAGUGAAGAGUUUGGGCGGACUCUUAGACCCAUCCGGCAGAAGCGCAACGCACAAUGAAAUAAUGAGAGAUCUGAUGAAGCUUGAGAAUCAACUUCCUUUAUUCCUCUUGCAGAAGUUGCUAGAGAUGCAAUUGGGUUCUCAAGAUAUGGCAGAAGAAAGGCUAUGCAAUCUGGUAAGAAUUGCUUGUGAAGAAUGGUCUCCAUUUAUGUUCAAGAUACCAGAAAGUUCAAGGCUGCGUAUAAAAGAGAGGGGCCACAUACUGGAGGUUCUCUAUUACUCCAUUGUCCCUGAAGCAGCCAUGGACGAUACCAUUUCCAACAGGAAUGAGAACGAAAAAAAUCUGCAGUUGGGCGGUUCUCUUUUACUGUAUUACGUAAGACGUGCUCUGAAAGCCUUAUGGAAGGCUGUCGCGUUUUUAAAAGUCCGGCUUGCUAAGCUGCAUUCGGCUCUCCCUCAGCUUCUGUUAAAAAGAAUACCUGUCCAGUUGCCCACGCGCCUUGCUUCCACUAUUCAAAAUCUCUCAAAUCAGCGCAAAGAUGAAAAGCAUGAAGAAAAAGAAGAGGAAAGAGGAUCCUCCUCUGCGGAAACUCCUCCUACGCGCGACGAACUGGCAAUUCCCUCAGUCUCAGAUUUAUACUCAGCAGGAGUUAAAUUCCUUCCUACCGAUGGAGACCUCAACACAAUUCUCUUCGACCCAACGACUGCAACUCUUUAUCUUCCCAAAUUGAGGUUGGAUUCCAACACAGAAGUAGUUCUCAGAAAUCUGGUGGCGUUCGAAGCUUCUGCGGCUCCUGGUGCUUUGAUUUUCACUCGCUACACAGAUUUCUUGAACGGUAUCAUCGACACAGACGAAGAUGUUCGGCUGUUGACGAAGAGUGGGAUUCUUUUCAACCACCUGGAAGACGGCGGCCAAGUGGCAAGCCUGUGGAACGGCAUGGGCAAAUGUGUGAAAUUGCCGAAAGUUAAAUAUUUGGACCAAGUUAUAGCAGACAUCAACAAGUAUUAUAACAACAGAUGGAACGUUGCUGCGAAGAAGUACAUAAACAAGUACAUAUUUAGUUCAUGGAAGCUACUCACUGUUGUGUCCGCAGGCCUACUUUUGCUUGUGACUUGUUUACAAGGUUUCUGUUCUGUGUACGACUGUAAAGGUUUGCGGAGCAGCACCAGUAUUUCAUAGGACGAAGGCGAAUGGGAGA